UUUGCACACAAGUAUGAGGGGAGCAGCCCAAGAAUACAUUUAUGGAUAAAAACUAACCAAAUGAGAGAGCCUGCGAACAUACUAAGAUGGCAUUUCAGCCGUGGCAUACAGAAUAUAAUCAGUAACAGUAAUAUAAUAUCCAAAACAGGACCAAAAGGCUAAUGUCCUAUGCUAUAAAACAUACCUAAAAAGCAGCCAUCAAACCGCCCACUAGGCGUGCAGAGCAGCACCGUCAGUAUCAAGACUCAAGGUGGGACGCAGGGAGAGUCAGUGAGACAGACAGGUGGUCAGAGGAGGACAGGAGCCGGGGACACUCAGCUGCAGCGCCGCUCGCUUUUGGACGUAGCUCCAGGUCGUAACGACUUAAUGAAGUGGAAGUGAAGUCAUUUGGAUCAUUAGUCUGCUGUGAGGUGGAGCAAUGAAGGUGGAGCCAUGAUGCUUCAGCAGGCUGCGUCCAAAUCCCGGAGACAAGCCUUUAGGGGAGCUGGUUACUUGUAUCGUGCUCAGUCCUCCACCUGCCUUUCCCUGACUGAGGAGCGUUUCUUAGAUGCUGCAGAAUAUGGAAACAUUCCUGAAGUACGGCGGAUGCUGGAGGAGCUGCCAGACCUCAAUGUCAACUGUGUGAACUACAUGGGCCAGAAUGCACUGCAGCUGGCAGUUGCUAAUGAGCAUUUCGAGGUGACUAAGCUCCUACUUAUGAAGAAAGACCUCUCUAGAAUAGGAGAUGCUUUGCUGUUAGCCAUCAGUAAAGGCUACAUCCGUAUAGUGGAGGCCAUACUGAGCCAUGAGGCCUUUGCAGAUGGUCAGAGGCUGACUAACAGCCCCAGCCAGGCGGAUACACAUGAUGACUUCUUUGCCUAUGACGAGGAUGGCACACGUUUUUCUCAAGACAUCACUCCCAUCAUCCUGGCCUCCCAGUGCCAUGAGUAUGAAAUCGUGCAUAUACUUCUUAUGAAGGGGGCCCGUGUAGAGCGGCCCCAUGACUACUUCUGCCAGUGUCGGACCUGCAGCGAGCAGCAGAGGCAUGACUCAUUUAGCCAUUCACAAUCCCGCAUCAAUGCAUAUAAAUGUCUGGCCAGUCCGGCAUAUCUGUCCCUCUCCAAUGAAGACCCAGUGAUGGCAGCUCUGGAGCUGAGCAAUGAGCUAGCAGUUCUAGCCAACAUUGAGAAGGAGUUCAAGAAUGAUUACAAAGAACUGUCCAUGCAGUGUAAAGACUUUGUGGUGGGACUCCUGGAUUUGUGUCGAAACACAGAGGAAGUGAAGGCCAUCUUAAAUGGGGACACUGAAUCAUGUCAAAGCACUGAGACCUUGGGCAGACAAAACCUGAUCAGGUUGAAACUUGCAAUAAAAUAUGAAGUUAAAAAGUUUGUGGCUCAUCCAAACUGCCAACAGCAACUCCUCUCCAUCUGGUACGAGAACUUGUCUGGAGUGCGUCAGCAAACCACAGCCGUUAAAAUCCUGCUGGUCCUUGGUGUAGCUGUUGGGUUGCCUGUGCUGUCCUUUAUGUACUGGAUAGCACCGUCAAGUAAGUUAGGGAAACUCAUGUGUGGACCGUUCCUGAAGUUCGUGGCCCAUGCUGCCUCCUUCAUGAUAUUUCUGUGCCUACUGGUCCUGAACGCAGCAGACCGCUUUGAGGGAACAUCGCUGCUGCCUAACAUGACCGCCCACGAUUACCCUUCACAACUGUUUCGUAUGAAGACCACCCCCUUCACCUGGAUGGAGAUUCUCAUCAUAUCCUGGGUCAUAGGUCAUGAGAGGAAGAUCUGGAAAGAAUGUAAAGAUAUUUGGUCGCAGGACAUCCGGGAAUACAUCUCAGAGCCCUGGAACCUUCUCGACUUCAGUAUUUUGGCCAUUUUUAUGACAUCUUUCAUUGCCAGAUUAAUGGCAUUCUGGCAUGCAUAUUCUGCCCAGUGUUAUGUUGACAAGCACUACACUGACCUGUCCAACAUGACCCUGCCCUUUGAGAUACAGUAUUUCCAGCUGGCCCGAAUGAACUGGAUGCCCUCCGACCCGCAGCUUAUUUCUGAAGGCCUCUAUGCGAUUGCAGUUGUGCUGAGUUUCUCUCGCAUUGCGUACAUCCUGCCUGCUAAUGAGAGCUUCGGGCCUCUGCAGAUCUCUCUGGGAAGAACAGUAAAAGACAUCUUUAAGUUUAUGGUGAUUUUCAUAACAGUAUUUGUGGCUUUCAUGGUGGGAAUGUUCAAUCUGUACUCGUACUACCUCGGAGCCAAGCACAACGAUGCCUUUACAACGCUGGAAGAGAGUUUUAAAACGCUAUUCUGGGCCAUCUUUGGCUUGUCAGAAGUGAAAUCAGUGGUCAUUAACAUCGACCACAAGUUCAUUGAGAAUAUUGGCUACAUCCUGUACGGAGUUUACAACAUCAUCAUGGUGAUUGUCCUGCUGAACAUGCUCAUUGCCAUGUUCAACAGCUCCUUCCAAGAAAUUGAGAAUGAAGCUGAUGUUGAGUGGAAGUUUGCCAGAGCUAAACUCUGGUUCUCCUACUUUGAGCAUGGCGGUACACUGCCUGUGCCCUUCAACCUUGUCCCCAGCCCCAAGUCGGUCGCUUCCCUCCUGCUGGGAAUAAGGGAAUUUCUCUGGGAUGCGCCUAAGGUCAAAAGCGAUCAAAACACAAAUGAUGAGAUGGAGCUUAACAAGUUGAGGCAACAGGAGGAUCUGAGUGUGGAAACAUCACUUUGUCCAACUCAUCACCAAGAUAUAAUGAAUCGCCUCAUCAAAAGAUACAUCUUAAAAGCACAGAGAGAUAAAGACAAUGAUGAAAUAAAUGAAGGUGAACUGAAGGAGAUCAAACAGGACAUCUCCAGUCUCCGCUAUGAGCUGUUGGAAAGCACGAAGCACGACAUGGAGAAACUGGCAAAACUCAUCAGACAACUGGGAGAAGUCAUGCAUGCUCGGCAGAAAGAAGAGAAGAAGAAUGAGCUGGCUAUACUUUCUUUAAAAAAUUGAAAAAGAAAGAAGGAUUUACUUGACACAAUGCACUCUCAAAGAGCUGUUAUGGAGAUUUAACACACAUCUUUGGACAAAGCCAACUGAUAACAAUGUAUAUUCUGUAUUUCAAAUAUGAUUUGUUUUCCUUGAUGUAAAUGUAUCCCUUUAGGAGGAGAAUUAAUCAAAUCCUCUUCGUCCCUGUCCCUGUAUCUGUACAUUUAAUGACAUGGUGGCACUAAUGGGACUUUUUUCUUGUUGCACAGGCUCUGUUACACUAAUAUGCACUACUGACUGCUAACAUAUGAGGGUGCUGCCUGUCACCAGCUGUUUCUGUGGUUUGAUUUAGAGACUAUUUCUCCAUCUGGAGUAGAAAAGCAGUUCAGAGAGGAAAAAAGACGCAUAUGUUUGGAUUUGGCCGUGGCAGGUUCGUAAGUCAGACAUAACAGAAAAAUAAAUGAAAGCUUGUUGAUAAUUACUGCCCUGAGAGCUUCCUGUGAAUCUCUAGUUAUGAUGAGAUUUUUUCUGCAAUGUACCCUUAAAAUCAAUCAACAGGACUUUGGUUUUAAUUUUCAUACAGGACAUUAACUUUUAGAUUUUUUUAAUGUUGUGUUUUAUUAAAAUGUUGAU